AUGUAUGAGGAUUCGUGGUAUAAUUUUAUGCCCGAAAUCUCCAAAAAGCCUGCCGCGCCAACGCAGCCUCAGACCCAUACCCAUCGCCGCAAGGAAUCCUUGCUGCUGCAGCUGAAUGGCGACGUGAAAAGCGACAGCCGGCUCGAGCGGCUGAGCAAUGUUCUCGACGAACCGGAAGACGCCAACAGUCCGCCCAAACCGACAGUCGUUCGUCGCGCCGCCUCAUACUCGGACUUCUAUCACGUUCUUCCAACGCAACUGUCCAAAGGCGACCGACCAAGGCGGAGGAAGAAGCUGGGCAAGAAUGACAGAUCGUGGGAGGCCCUGCUCCUGCAUGGGGAGGCCGUCCUCGAUCGAAAGCCUUCCAUAGCUGAGCCACGAGAUGAUGGAUUGGAUAAGCAAUUGCUAGACGAUGCUCAACACGACUAUCUCCUUUACCAUGACCAGCUCUCAAUCAUUGAACGCCACCUUGACGGCCUGGUUGGCGAUGCAAACGAUGCUUUGGCGCUGCUGACGUCAUUGUCGAAUCAGUUCCAGGCAGUCGAGGCGCAAACAACAACCUUCCAAGCCCAGUGCGAGGACCUCCUCCAGGAACAGGGGCGCUUGGAGAAGCUUGCCGAAGACGUUGGAACUGAUCUCUACUACUACGUCUAUCUCGACACUGCGACUCGGCGCUUGAACGCUCCCGGAGCUAGUCGUCUCAUCGAUGACGACGGCUUCGGCACCAUGAUUGACAAUAUUGAAUCGUGCAUUGAGUUCAUGGAUGAGCACGAAUCGUAUCGAGAACGCGACACCUACUUGGCCCGAUACAAUGCCUUGCUCACCAAGGCACUUCAUCUGCUGGAUCACGGCUUCUCCGCCCGGCUGGACAAGUGGUCCUCCGAAGUUGCGCGUCAGAUAGCGGCAGCCACAACGGACUCGGCCCGCCACGCGCUGGCCUACGGCCGUUUCGCCGAAAUGAUCACCGAUUCGUAUGCCUUGCUCCCAAACAUCCAGAAAGUCGUUCGACGCGCGUACGACGAGUACGGAAGAGCUGUUCCCGCGAACCCGUCAGCAGCAUCCGUCUUCGCCACCUCUGCAACAAACAUGUUUCAUACCUACCUGACCACGCGAGAUCGGGACCUGAAACCCCUGACGCAGCAUGACUUGGAAGACUACCAAAAGGCCGUCAAGAGCCUGCCCGUCGAUACAGCGUCGCGGAACUACGUGAAGCAACUGUUUGAGAGAAUGUACCACGAGGACGCCCUGUUCUUCAAAAUCUUCGGCAUCGAGCCCGUGUGGAGCACGGCCCCCAGCUCGGCCUUUCAAGCUCUCAAGGCCAUCAACACCACCAUGGUGCACCCAGGCCACGUGGCGCCGCUGGCCAGCAGCCUGCAAGCCGUGCUGCGACCUGCCAAGGUAGAGACGGUGUGCAGCGUGGUGGGGUGGCUGGCAAACGAGUUUUCCCUGUCGGAAGACGAUGAAGACGAGACGUAUUCGGCCAGGAAAUACCGCGAAUACGCCGCAAGGCUGCUCGUCGACCAUCUCUGGCCCUUUACAGACACCGUGUUCGAGGCGGAGAUUGCAAAGUCCAUCACCAAAGCAGUGGUCCAGGAUGGCGAUCUGAAAAUUGGCCCGGUCGUCGACGGAGCCGCGUCGUCUAAUGCUUAUCCUUUGGUCAAGAAGGCCAUUGAACUGCUGUCAAUGUUUGACCAGGCCAUGCCAAAGGAACGCUCGUCCAAGAAUAGCUCGGUGGUGUUCAAAAUCGUGCGCGAGACUAUCCAGGUGUUGCAGAAGGCGGAAGCAAGAAUCCGGUCUCUCAAGUCGGCGGCCGAUCCGGAUUUGUUCAUGGUGAAGAACCUGCUCAUUGUCAAGAACGAGCUGGUGUCUCUCGAGAUUGGCGACAUCAGGAGCCAUCCGCAGUCGAUGCAGCACUUUGUGCACAUCUGGGACACCCUGAGUCCGGCCAACUGGCUCGGCUUCUUCGGAAGCAUCCUGGGCGGCUCCAUCUGGUCUCGUGGCGCGCCGACCGUCACGGCCAAGACGCUUACGGAGGAGGAUAUGAGCGAGCAGCUGGAUGAGCUGCUUCGGCAGUCCAUCUAUGCGUUUACGAAGCGGUGGGCGACUCUGAUCAACGACGCGCAGAAUCGCAAGCCGGGGGUCAAGCCCGUCGCCAAGGUGGAGGCUGAGCUGGAGAAGCUCCUCGAUACCGCGUUCAGCAACCAGCCCGAAGUCAUUGCCAAGCUCAAAGAGGCUAUUCAGCUUAAUGCGCAAGCCCAAACCAAUGCCAAUGACGAAAAGAGGGGAGCAAAGCGUUACUAG